UUCGAUAAUGGCCCUCCAAGCACCCACAAGGCUAAGUGCCACGCGAUCCUCACCACUACAUGCACCUUCUCUUUUGUCUCCUACAGGCAAUGUUGGCCUCCGACGCUCAACCGAUUGUUUCGCUUUGAAAUCAUCUUUCUUUUCUCCAUCUCUCCGUCUCUUGCUGUCUCCUCAUUAUGUGCAGCUUCUUGCUUCUGCUGCUCCAAGAUAUUCCAUGCGUGUCGCCUCUAAGCAGGCUUACAUAUGUCGUGAUUGUGGGUAUAUCUACAAUGACAGGACUCCUUUUGAGAAAUUAGCCGAUAGUUACUUCUGUCCUGUUUGUGGAGCUCCUAAAAGGAGAUUUAAGCCAUAUGCGCCUGCAGUGACCAGAAAUGCGAAUGCCCAAGAUGUUCGUAAGGCAAGAAAAGCUCAAGUCCAGAGAGAUGAAGCAAUUGGACGGGCAUUACCUAUAGCCAUUGCAGUUGGAGCUGUGGCACUUGCUGGUUUAUACUUUUACCUCAACAGUACUUUCUAGGAUUAAUGGUAGCAAGCAUCGUCAAUUGGACGUAUCGAGUGAACAAUAUAUAUAGUUCUAUUCCUGUCCAACACAAGGUUUCUAUAUAUAUUGCAAUGUAAUUUUUUGCCUACAUUACGAGGAGCUGAAACUGCUAUUUCUUCAUCAUUAGAAAUGAAGCACUCAAACCAUAAUAUAUAGACUCUCGUUGAUGUUUAAAGAAGAGUCUUACUCAACAUUUUGUGUU